UUGACUCACCCUUGUAAUAGCACCAAAUUCAUAACAGCUAAAUUUGUACCUUCUGUCUGUCCAAUUCAGUUCCCUCUGUUCAAUCAUUUCAGAAAAUAGUUUGAAUGAUUGUUUUCUUACAGCCAUUUAAAAAUCUAUUUUAUUAUUGAGCAGUAAACAGUUUGUGUUGGAUGAAGAGCAUCUCAUUUUACAAUGUCAAACAAGUAACACAGCAGCAGUGUUCUAUCACUGUUUUUACUUUGAUUUCUCACCAAAUACACUCUUACUCUCUACCUAUGUGUGUAUGUUUAAUUCUAUCUGCACGGCUGGUGAAUAAAAUGAGAAUGGUGUCAUUACAGCAACUGCCUCAACACUCCGAGAUUACUGCUUAAAUAUCCACCUUUUAUAAGACUCAUUAGAAGGUUCUAGAAAGUUAGAUCAUAUGAUGGCUUGAUGCUGAUUGGUCAGUUAAUCAGCCAAUCAUAUGAAAUGACAGUGAUCUCCACAUGGCAUUCACUUGGCUGUCCAUCAAUUUGGUUUUGAAUUUGCUACAUGUGCAAUACCUUAACCACUAAGCCGCACAUUCACCAAAUACUCUUUGCACCCUCUCUCUCCCUCUCAGUCUCUCCCCAUAUUUGUACAUUUAAUUUUAAUAAGUUACUUUGGAUCUUUGUGGGUUUUCAUCACUGUUUACAAUAUUGUUCCAAUUGUUUUCAAAUUUGGUAAAUGGAUUAAGGUUUGUAUACUAAUUAUGAAAAUGAAAUUCAUUUUUCCUUGCAAAAUUUGGAUAUUUAAGCCAAUCAGAAGCGAGUAUUUUACAUACCACCAUGGCGAAAAUUUCUAUUUCCAUAGUAACCAAAGCAAAGAUGCACCACGUGUUGCAUAACUGGUUGCAAAGAAAUGUUUCCCAAGUAACCAAAGAUGCUGCACAUGCGCACAAGGAGGAGAAGAAGAUACAAGAAAGAUUAUUUUAUAAAAUCCUAGUUUAAUCUUUUGACAUGCCGAUGCCACCAUCCCCUCCCCCUAAUGUUAGAAGAAGCAGCAAAUGUGCUGUUUUCUGAUUGGCUGAAAAUUCUGAAAAUUAUCAAACUUUGAAUACCUAUAACAUUUUUGCAAAUUUUUUCUAGAAUAAAUAAAUAACAAAUUCGGGUUCAACAUCAUAAAUUACAUCUAUAUGAUACAAUAAAAAUUUUUUUUAAAAGAUAAUUGUAAACAAUGACGAAAACCACAAAGAUCCAUUACUUUCUUGACAAUGCUACUAAUGUGUUCACAUUUAGUCAAUUGUAUGUUUCUCAGAGUUGGGGAUCCAUCAGCCAGACAGAUUUUAGCUGGUCAACGUCAAUUUACUAUGCCAAGAAGAUCUCACAAGGAAUCCAAUUAUGAAAAUAAUUUAUUAAAAAAGACAGAGAAAAUGAGCCACAAAAUAUAUCAGACCAUGGACAAGUAAACCCAAAUGACACUAAAGACAAAUACAAUAAAUGGAAAGAGUCCUUUGUAAGCAUGAUAAAUGAUGAUGAAGGUUUCAGUAUAUUUCGAGACUACCUUACUUCUCAAUACUGUGAUGAAAACUUAGAUUUCUGGAAAGCAGUUGAAGACUUCCGAAUCGAACCUGAUGACACCCAAAUUCGUGCCCGGGCUGGUGCCAUUUAUAAAAGAUUCAUCAUGAAGGGAGCACCACGUUGUAUAAAUUUGCGCUCAAAAAGUCGUGAAAAACUUGGUGAACAGUUGAAAGGCCCAAUUACCCGAUCUUUCUUCGAUGAAAUGCAGAAAGAAAUUUUAGAAGUUAUGCAAAGGGACCCUUAUCAGAGGUUCUUGAGAUCGGAGUAUUAUCGAAACUUAUGUACAUAGAUUCAUAUGAAGAUGGUUGGAGGGGAGGGGGGGGGGCUUACUAAUACCACAACUACCAUUGUCAUCACCACUGUUAACACUACCAUCAUUACUACCACCACUAGUUACUAUCACUACAACUAUUGCCUCCAACACAAACACUAACACUAUAAACCAACAAAAGAGCCUCUAUGUGGUAUAUCAAACUGCUAGAAAUAGCAGCUUAAUCUCUCUAAAUUCCCCAUAGCCAUAAAAAAAAGGACGGCACAUUUGACAAUGUAGCCUUAGAUGCACAAUGCCUGAAAACAAAAUUGAAUGAUUAUGGCCGGAACACCUUUUGAUCAUUAUUCUGCUCAACUUUAACUGACAUACAGCUAAAAACAACUCUCUGCUACUAUUAUUAUGAUUGCCACUCCCAAUAUGACCUCUACCACUUCUCUUCUGUCAACCAGUCAAAAUAUGGCAGUGAACAUCACUCUGAAUACAAUUACCAAAACUACUCUGAUGCAAUAACAAAUAGUCUCUAUCAACAUCACCAUUACCAUGCUACUACCAAACUACUCCUGGACCAACCAACCAGCCAACCAACCAUUCAUUAUGCUGAACAAUCACCAUCUUCAUCAUCACCACUACCAACCCCAUCGCUAUAUCUAUAUCUAUAUGCUAACACACUGAGUUCGAAUUCCACCGAGGUCGACUUAGCCUCUCAUCCUUUUGGAGUCAAUAAAACAAGUACCAGUUGAA